AUGAUGCGUAAUCGAAUAUCAAUGACCGAGUUGAGUUAUCCUCCAACAGGUGUGGACAAAUCUGCGCCAGACGACAUCCGACUCCCGCCUUGUCAGCCUCAAUCUGCUCUCGGAUGAAAAAUAAACAGAGCCAUUGUUAAAGAUUGACUUUUUUUCUUUUUUUUUAAAUAAAGGAGGUUAUUCAUCCUUUCUCAUUUUAAUAAACAAACUUUACUGAAAUCAUUGACAGGGCUCUGAAAAUAAGAUCUGGGAAACAUUCAACAUUUCUGAUCGCGGCGCCCAACUGUUGCAGUUUCUUUACAAGACAAUUGCUCGUUACACAUCCCGGAUAAAAAAAGCUGGAGGAGGCCAACUGCCGUUUGAUUGAUAAAAAUGCACCGGCGAGCACAGCCCGGAUCACAAAAACUGAGAAAAUGUUUCCAGUUCUCUGCUUCCUCUUUUCUUAUUUUCAAGAUGAAAAAAUGAUCAGCAGAUGAUCCUUCAGGAUUGGGAAACUUCAAUAGUUUCAAUGGAAACUCAAUUAGGGAUGAUGGCACUGAACAUGUAGAUUUCCUCUGUACCGAAAAAUCGGUGAAUAACUACACCUCUGAGUCUUUGAGAUUUACAAGAAAAGUAUUUUCUCGAGAUUUUCAUAUUUCUCAGAUGUCCACCGCCGUUGAGUUGAUAUUUUAUAUUCUUUUUAAAUUUUUUUUAGUCCUGAUUGAUUUCCGGUUCAAUUUCCAAAAAUUGCUAGUGAUCAAACCAUCGGAACGCUUUCCUUUUAUUUUCAAAUAAAAGCUUCAGCUUCUGGAAAUCACUUUUGCGACAACCGCUUGAUACACAUCCCUGAUAAAAAAGAUUUGAGAGGCCACCUGCCAUUUGAUUCAUCGAAAUGCACCGGCGAUAUUCGCCUCCUACACAAAAAAAAAAGAUUUUCUGUUCAUUCACCGUUUUUUUGCUGUGAGAUCGAAAAUGUAGAAAAGGCUCCAGUAUUUUAAUCUCCAACUUCCAUUCCUUCUUAAAAGUACUUCUUCUAAGCUGACUUUAAAUUUGAAAAGGAAGAAAAUUGCCACAAAAGUCCAACUCAUCCGUUCCGAGCAAGAUAUAACUUUUUCUGACUUUUCAGUAUUUUUCGAACAAUUCAUGACUUUCAAGUAAUGGUUAAAAGUCAAUAACGCUGAACUCAAAACGGUUUUUUUUUUCAUUCGGAGAGAAUUGGUUUCACUAAAAGUUCAAAUUUUUGAUAGUCAUAAAUGAAAUCUCCUCAAAUUGCUAGGUUUAUUAAAAAAAAAGAGAACUAUUUUACUACGCAAAAAAACUUCAAGUGCGAGUUUUAUGCUGAACAAUUGUUCGGUAGACAUCUCUGAUAAAAAAUAGCCGGAGGAGGUCAGCUGCCGUCUGGUUUAUCAAAAUGCACCGGCGAGCACUUUUCAGUACACAAAACAAAAAAAAGUUUGCCUGCGAUUCUCCGUUUUUUCUCUUGUCGGCAACUUUGUUAUCGAAGAUUGAAAAAGAAGAAGAAACAAGACCACGUUCGCUUCCUAUAAUUAGAUUUGCAUUAUUGUUUCGUGGGUUACCAUUGGAAUUUGAAAGCUUCAUUUUCAGUAGGACGCUGAAAUCGUAGAGUUUACCUGAGCAGAUAACAAUUUUACAGAAAAAAAUUUGAAAAAAUCUUAGUUUCCUUCAAAAAUUAAUGAAAUUCGAAGGAUAGAAAUUCUAAAAAGCAAUGAAAUGAGUGAGUCCAUUGCAGUAUUACCUAGUUAUACCUGGUCGACAACUGAUGGACUUUCCGGGAAAAAUUUUUCAAAAUUUGGCAAGGGCUUUUUUGAAUCUUCCUGAAAUCUUAAAGAAAAAAUUUUUUAUUUUGUUAUUAAAAGCCAUCAAGUGCCGGCGUUGGUUACUGAACAAUUUCUUGGAAUAGAUUUCUGAUUAAAAAGAGCAGGGGGGUCAGCUGCCGGUUGAUUGAUUCAAAUGCACCGGCCAGGCUUCCCAGUACACAAAACAAAAAAAAGAUUGCCAGAUCGCCGUGGGUUUCAAGUUUCUUUCUACUGGGGGAUUCUUUUCCUGAGAUUCGGUAAGAACUAAGAAGAUCAGGCAAUCGGACUUUCAACUUUUACAACAAAAGACAUGGUACUUCGUUCUUUUUCUGUUUAUUUUUGUCAAAAACUAGUUUUCUUGAAAUUUGAUGAGAACCUUUCUGGCCAAGUUAAAAUGGAAUAAUUGAACUUAAAUAGGAACAACUCCAACACUUCAAAUGUUUCCAUCAGAAAUGAAUAUUUUUGUUAUCUCAGGGAGACGCUACAUUUGAGAAAAAUUCCAAAGCUGAGAGUUUUAAAAAGGAUAGAAAUUUUAAAAAAAGCAAUAUAUUCACAAAAACGUCUUUUUUAGACUUCUAGUUUAUCAAGGAUUCAUUCUCCAAAGCUUUUAAUGAAAAAAUUUUUUUUUUGAGAAACCAGUUUUUUCAUUUGGUUAAACAUUUUAAAUUGAGGUUAAAACUCUGAAAAUUCUAUUCUUUCAAGUUUUUUUGUUUCUUAAAAAGCGAAAAAAUCUAAUUGUUUCCGGGAAACGUUUACUUUUUUUUUUUGAUUGAUGCCUCUAAGUGUUCUGGCUCCGUUAAAAACAGUGGCGCCGUCUCAAUUGCUGAAAAAAAAAGCUGAAAGGUCAGCUUCUAUCUUAUCAGACGAUUUGCCCGACGGGCACUACCAAGAACGCGAAUGAUGAAAAUCUGCUUUGUUGUGUCUGCCAACUCAUUCUCCUUUUGGUCAGGAGAGCAUUAUCUCUGAUAAUCUCAUGGGCCAGGAAACACGAAUUUUCGAUGGUAUGAAAAACCAGCGACUUUUCCGAUUUUUUCCUAUUGCAAGGGAACUUUUCGACGAAUCUUUUUCCGACUUUUUUCCCUUAUUUUUUCCGUAUAACAAACCAUCUAUUAAAACUUUUUUUCAAUUUCUUUGUGUUCAAAUCAUAAAUCAACUACCUACUUUAUAUAGGAAGAAAUGAAACAAAAAGUUAGAAAGUCGGAUAGGAUCAGUGGGAAACUUCUCCGUCGGAUAGUUCCCUAGCGAUAUGAAAAAAUAGGAAGUUGCCUUUUGAAUUUUUGUUGGUUUUUUUUCCGUACCACCAAUUAUACUUUGGAACUCUAAGGGUCCCUAUAGGGACAACCUUAAGGGCCCUUGGAGGCUAGAAACCACUUUACCAACCCCGUGUUUAGGGUCCUAUAAGGAGACAUGCUAUUCAAUAAAUGUUAUGAACUCUAAGCGAAAGAGCAUUUCUAUGGUAAAAGCUGAAUAAAUAAGCGUUUUCUUUUUGAAUAAAAUAGAGAGAGACCCUAUAAGGUCUACUCGAGCUUCAGCAGCUGAGGGACCAGACCCUAAACCCCUAUAAGAACCCCCACAAUUUCACCUCUAAAGCGACGACUUUUUCAGCCCCCGGUUGUCGCCCCUUCAGGGACCACUCUGGAUUUCCGAAGUAUAGCAAGUUUUUAAUUCAUUUUUUUUUCUCCAGCUCGAUUAUGCAUCUUUUUCAGUGGACAGCUUGGUGUGAAAGGGAUUAUCGAACUGUGAAAAAGCGUCUUCUUUCAAUGAAUCUUAUGCUUCCUUGAUAUUUUUCCUGAAUUCUUUCCAUAUCCGGAUUGAUCAGCAUUGAAAGACCUUGAAGCAAUUUAAGAUCAGCUCUUCAUCGACCUCUUUCACUGAAACUUUAUUAAAAACAUUUUCAACCCGAGGACGAAAAUUUCGUUAUCUUUUUGAAAAAAUUCGUAGGCUGUUCUCCAAUUAUUGAGCAACUUUAUGGAUGCGAUAAAAAUUAUCUUCUGAUCAUAUUUCUUUGUUGAUUGGGCCAUUCAGAUCAGAAAGAAACAUCCUGCUUGAUAAUAUCCUUUUGCAGACCUUCAAUGGCUUUUUGAUAAGCUCAUCGGAAACGAACGAAAAUUGCAUCCUCUUUGGGUAACUUUUUAUUUUUUCCCUAUAGACUGAUGACGCCUAAAAACCUUUUUUCUUCUUUUCAAUAGUUGGAAUAUUGAGCUUUUCGCUUUCUCAAUCUAAGACACAAAACCUUUUAUUCUGAAAAAAGUUUUUUGUUAGACGUUUCCAGGAAGGGGAGGAGCGAACAGGCUUGGCCCCGCCCAUUCGGAACGGGCGAUACGUGAAACGUUCCAUUGCAGCGAUCCGUUCCUCAUCCGCCUCCAAUCGAAUCAUUUUUCUCUUUAUUUCAUUUUGGCAUCCUUUUUCAUUCUUUAGGCUCCCAAACUUUUCUAAUACUUUUUUUUCGAACAAUUUUUUUGGACCUGAAAUCUCUUUUUUUCGUUUUGUUUUCUUAGAAAAAAAUAUGAAGUUUUUUUCAAUGAAAAAGAAAAAAAUUCUUCACGGAAAAAGCUUCACCCUUUUUUUCUAUUUUUUUCAGUUUUUUUAGAAAAAUUCUCGUGUUCUGUCUUCCGCGUCUGAUUGAAACAGAGAGGAGUUUUGAAAAAUUAAGUUUUUCAGAUUCGACUCUCGAAUGCUACCGAAUUCUGACCCUCAGGAGGGUCAGCUGCGGGAAUCGACUUUCGGGUCUCCGGCUGCUCGGGCGGUACGUUUUUUUUCAAACUAUAACUCUUCUUUUUUUCAUUCAUUUUAAAAUGAACUUGAUAAAAAUAUGGAUUUGAAAAAAAUAAGAUUAGGCCAAUAUAAAUGACCUGACUUAACAGGCGAUUCUCGGACUGCCGCUGCAGAGCUCAAACAAAUUACUUUCCUUUUUUUCAUCUCUUGAAAGCUGCGCGAAAAAGGAGUUUUCUUCAAAAAAACUUUUAAGGAAAUUCCUGAAAAAAAUGGGGGAGCAGGGUGGGUAAGGGGGAGAAAAAAAGCUUAUUACGAAAAAAACUUUUUAAACAGUUCUUGUCCCAUGUAAAGGCUUAUAAAGUUAUACCUUUAUAAAACUUUAUCUUAAACUUGAUGUUUAGAAUUAAACCUCCGUUCGAGAAACAAUGAGACCGUUUUUAUGGAAUAAUGAGAGAGCAACUUAUUGUUCACCAACUUUUGAAAUUAAAAAAAAAUUGCGGUUAAUAAGAAUAAAGCGAACCUAACGACUUCGUUUCAGAAAAUAAGACGAAGAUUGUGAAAAAAAAAUUGAGAAAGUAACUGCUCACAAAAUGAUACAACUUCUGAGAACUUGUCGAACUUCAAUAGAAAUAUAUGCACUUUGGAGUGCUAUGAAGAAAUUUAUUAUAACUUUUUGUCUAUCAGUCAAGUUGUGGCGUCUCAGAAACUUUUUUUUCGAACAGCCAUGACAAAUUACGGACUUUAAAGCGCCAAAGCUCGACUGAAAGACAGAGAGCGGGAAAAAUCGCUUGGGGAUUAGAUGCUGGGUGGUCUAAAUAAUGUCCCAGCUGACUGGGGUUUGUUCUCCAAAGAUUGAAAAUUGGAAACUCGCAGAUUGGUAGGCCUAGGUAAGAAACAGGAAAAAGAUUUUGCAAGACCCUAUAGGUCGAGGAAAAGCUCGUCGAAAGUUUUUUAAAGCGUUUAUUUCCUCUAUUCUUACGCUCGGAGCCGACGGCUUGCCACUGACGGCGUGGCAAAAUGGAAAAGAUUUUGUGCAUGUCCCCGUGACCAAGGUUCGAACCCUCAUCGCGGAAAUACUUUUCGCCGACUCAAAAAUUUUUUAUUCACGAUUCAAACAUAUAUAGAACAUAAAGGGGCCUCGUUUUCGCAGAGUUUCAUCACAUACUUUUUUUACAACUGAAACACUAGUAGUCUCAAAAAACAUGGGUUUAAAAACCGUAGAAACUCCUGGAAAGCAUGAGAGUAGUUUAUUUCCUAUUUCAAAAUUUUUCUAAAAAAAAAUUUGAAAUUAUACGACAGAUGUAGUCAUGAACAGGCCAGAAUUUUUUUUCAAAAAUAUUCGAACCACAGUUCUAGUUUUGACUGUGCGCAAGACCACUACCACUUCACCAUCCCGUCAGUUGUUGGCUGGAGAUUACGAGUGCUGGAUUACAUCCUCUGAGCUUCGAUGAGCCUUUCUCGGCCUCUUGAAAAGUCCAUCUUAUUUUUACUUUUGUUCUCGACUACUCCAUACUCGGCCCACCAACCUUCCAAUUUUCAUUUCUCAACUUUUUAUCGAUAGUAGACUUGAAAUAGCGCUUUUUUGUCAUAAAAAACUUCCUUCAGUGAAAAUUUUUCGGCAAAGGAACAAUUUUUGAGGCACCAGAAGAAGAUUCGGAAUGUUUAAACCUGCUAAUGUCCUAGUUACUGAGAAAAGACAGCUCAACGACGAAGAAAACCCAAAAAAAAACGCUUCAAAUCGGCUAUUUUGGGCUUAAGGCCACUAUUUCUUGAAAAUAAGAAGUUUUGCAGAUUGAUUUUGGGUUGAACUAUGAAGUUCAACAUGUGAAGGAUUUUUUUCACAAUUUUCCCGAAACAAAUUUUUAUUGGAUUAUUGGCAAGAAAACUUUAGAACUAUAAACUAUAAGUACAAUCAAAGAAAGUUUUUUCAAAUAAUAUAUGAAUCAUACUUUCUCAGGAAAAAUCGAGCUACCGGAGUGCUACUCCAACUAAUCCCCUAUAAAUGUGCAACAGUUUGGUCGUUCGAACUUCAGCGUUUUGGAACGAUCGAUUUGUUCGUUAAAUUUUCAUUUUUCUUCGAAAGUUGCUUUUUCUCAGGGCAACAACCGCAUCGGUUGGAAGUCAUAUCGACUUCGAAUUUAUCGGAUUUGAAAACAGAUUUGGCUUUUCUUUCAAAGUUAAGGUGAGUGAACUUUAAAUGACGAAAUGGACUCUUUUUUUAUGACUUCUACUUCAUAAAACUCUGCCCAUAUAAUGAUUUUGUCUUUUUAGAGGAUACUCAAAACGUUCACAUACAAGCCGCCUGGCAUAUUGGCCGCAACACUUAAGCGAUAUGAAAUACUGGUUGGUUUAUUUGCUAGAGCACUUUUGAAAUUAUGGCUUGUGUCUAGAUUGAAACAGAGCUGCGAAUGAGUCCAUUGGAAAAAUUUUUGCGGCUUGGGUAUACCAUCAUUCAGCACGACGAUUUGGGACCAAUAUUUGCUGAAAAUUCGGUUAUUUUAUUUUUCAACUUUUAAGAAAGCUAUUGUUUUCAGUCAAACAAAGGACAAACAAAAGUCAAAGUUUUUAAGAAUAGAGAGAGAGUCAGUUCAAUUGAGAUUUUUUGUUCAUGUCAAUAUUUUGAUACACGCAUGGCAAAAAUACAGGUAAAAAAAGAUAAACUAUAUGAGUAGCUUGGGCGCACUUUCAAUAUUACUAAAAUCCAAAAAAGAUUUUUGAUCAUUUAUCUCAUUUAUCGAAAAAUUUGUUUUUCAUUUUGAAGGGUACUGAAAAAAAAACAAUUUCCCAGUUUUUGAACAGCAAACUUAUCGAACUUACUUGGACUUUCUUCAUUUUUUCCCUUUCACGAUGAAGAAUCUUCGAGGCACUGAGAAAUCUUUGUAAAAUCUUUUCAAGAUACGAAUCAUGAGGUUUUUCUUGAUUUUUCCUCUCAUAGCUUGAAAAAGGAGAAAAUUGGUUGACAUUGAUUUGAUUCUUAGGGUUUAUCAAUUUUCAGAUUCGCCUAGAGCAGGAUCAGAACUCUGGAAAAAUGGAGCUGUUUUCCUAUCUGCACAAGAAGAUAUUAGUGAGACUGGGAGUCCGAGUGAAAACUGUGCCGAAGGCGGUCAUCGACAGCAACGCAUCGAUAACAGAGAUAGAUGAUUGCUGCGUGUUCGUAAUCCUCAAGAUCCUCGCGACCGUCGAGGUUCAUUUUUUUUCUCAUUGGGCUCUUCAGUUAAGAUCGAAUGAGAAAACUUAAAAGUGAAAAAUCCCAUUUUUAAUUUUCAGCCUAGUUCAUCGCAAAGUUAAAAUGAUCCUAUCGUCGAUUGCCAAUACUUGACGUUUUCUUUUAAUUCUUUCUUCUCUAAUUAGCUAUAUCAGCUACAAAGUUUUUAGAAAAAAAUCGACUUUAUUUAUAGAGUUUCUACAGCCAAAAAAAUGGGACAAAUAUUGUGAAAAAAACACUUAAUUUUAUCAGUUUUGUAAAUUAUUUCUUUGAGUUGUGUUAGGGAAGCUUCAAGAAAGAGAAAAGGAAAAAGAAAUGAAAUUAAACUUGAAAAAAGGCUGAAAAACCAAAGAUAUUUUUUUUGGCAAUCAUUCAAUUUAACAGUUUUGGUUUUUCGCUUCAAAGUGUUGUUUUAUAACUUUUUUUUUGGGGAAAUCUGAUUUUAUUAAAACAUUUUUUGCAGUAUAUACAAAAGAAACGCGAAGUCCAGAAGAAUGUGAGUUUUCACAAACGUCAGAAAAAAAUAAUACUCAAAAAUAUAUUUCAUAAUAGAAAAAAAUAACAAAAUAUCAUCUUUUUUUCAAUUUUGAAAAUGACAAUUUUUGGAACAAUGAGCAAAAAAAGUUUUUCUUUCCAAAUUUCAAGGUUUAAAUAAAAUAUCUCACUCUUUUCUCAAAUUUUCCGUUUUUUUGAACUGUUGCAAUAUUUGUUUCACCAUUAUUCUUAAAACUCUGGUAAAUUUGUUAAUGAUGCUGAAGUUGGUUCUCUAAUAGGCCAUUCUGACUUUUAUCUGUCAUUCACCUUCGUCAGCCAGAAUUAUCAAAGAAUCACGUCUCAGACUCGCCAGGAGGAUCAGCUUCAAGACAACACGUCUCCGAAAAGUUCAGCGGACCAAGGAACGCCGUCUCACAUUGGAGAAAACGUUGGCGCUCAAAGCACCGGGAUGUGCGUUUGGAAAGAGUCAGAAAAGUUUCCGAAGCCAUUGGAACAAAAAAUUUUGUUGCGUUCCUCUUCCGCCUUAUUCUUUAGGCUCCCAAACUUUUCUAGUUUUUUUUUCGAACAAUUUUUCGGGGACAAAAACUCGAAAAAUGUUUGCAACCAGAAAUCUCUUUUUUUCGUUUUAUUUUUUUUGAGAAAAAAUAUGAAGUUUUUAUAAAAAGAAAAAAAUCUACACUGUAAAGCUUUACCCUUUUUUCCAAUUUUUCAGUUUAAAAAAAAUCCUCGUGUUCUGUCUUUCGCGUCUGAUUGAAACAGAAAAAACACUUAGAAUAACUGACGAGAUAAACGCAAGGUCGGUGGCGGUACAUUGAACUCGCAAAAAUGUCGUUUUUUUUUAGGCGCGAUCUCGCAUUUAUCUUGCAUUUCAGAAAAUUUUCGAAUUGCGAGAAAAAAAAGCGAGAUGUUUGCGAGCUCGUCAAUGUACCGCCAGCGUCUCGCGUUUAUCUCGGCAGUUAUUCUUAGUGGAGUUUUGAAACAUUUUUUCAGAUUCGACUCUCGAAUGCUACCGAAUUCUGUCCCUCAGGAGGAUCAGCUGCGGGAAUCGACUUUCGGGUCUCCGGCUGCUCGGGCGGUACGUUUUUUUUUUCAAACUAUAACUCUUCUUUUUUCAUUUCUUUUUGAUGAAUUUGAUAAAAAUAUGGAUUUGAACUUCAAAAAUCUUUGCAUCGUUGAUAACGGCUGCAAUAAAAAUCUCUAAGCCUAUCCUUUUUGAUGGCUAAUUGUUCCGUUGAUGAAUUGGCUAGUUUUUAACAAACUAGGAUAAUAGAUUGUCAGUAUAAGGACAAAACGGAAAUGUUGACUAAUUUUUCGAAGUUUCGUACCAGUAUUGAGACGUAGAUGUAAACUUUUGUAAGCAAUAAAAUUUUCUAAGCUUAUCCUUUUUUGAUAGCCUAUAUGUUCUCGACUACUCUUUACUCGGCCCACCAACCUUCAAAUUUUCAAUUCUCAACUUUUUAUCGAUUGUAGACUUGAAAUAGCGCUUUUUUGUCAUAAAAAACUUCCUCUAGUGAAAAUUGGUCGGCAAAGGAACAAUUUUUGAGGCACCAGAAGAAGAUUCGGAAUGUUUAAACCUGCUAAUGUCCUAGUUACUGAGAAAAGACAGCUCAACGACGAAGAAAACCCAAAAAACGCUUCAAAUCGGCUACUUUGGGCUUAAGGCCACUAUCUCUUGAAAAUGAGAAAGUUUUGCAGAUUGAUUUUGGGUUGAACUGUUCAACAUGUGAAGGAUUUUUUCACACUUUUCCCGAGACAAAUUUUUAUUGGAUUAUUGGCAAGAAAAACUUUAGAACUAUAAACUAUAAGUACAAUCAAAGAAAGUUUUUUUCAAAUAAUAUAUGAAUCAACUUUCUCAGGAAAAUCGAGCUACCGGAGUGAUAAUCGGAUUCCGUGACUGUGCAAUAAUUUGGUCGUUUGAAAUUCAACGUUUUGGAGAGAGGAUUUUGUUUGGUCAACUUUUACUUUGAUUUUAACGCUGAUUUUUUUCAGAAAAACAAAACAGAUGGCAGGAGACUACAUCGAAUUUGAAUAUGAAAAAGUGGAUUCGAAUUUUGGCUCUUUUUUUAGAAUUGAGGUGUGUGAACUUUAAAUGACAAAGUGGACACUUUUUUUUAUGAUUUCUACUUCAUAAAACUCUGCCCAUAUAAUGAUUUUGUCCUUUUAGAGGAUUCUCAAAACGUUGGAAUACAAGCCGCCUGGCAUAUUGGCCUCAAAAUCCAAUGAGACCUAUGGUUUGCUGGUUGGUUUAUCUAGAGCUUUUUUAAAAUUAUGGCUUGUGUCUAGAUUGAAACAGAGCUGAUAAUGAGUCCACUGGAAGAUUUUUCGCAGCUUGGGUAUAUUAUUUUCCAGCACGACCAUCUUGGACCAAUAUUUGCUGCAGAUUUGGUUUUUUUAUUUUUUUAUUUUUCAGCAAACGAUUAUUUUUGAUUGUAACGUUUAAUAAUAGCGUAAGAGUCAGUUUGUUGAGAUUUUUGUUAUGGCAAUAUUCUGAUGGACGCAUGGGAAAAAACAAAAAAAAAAACAGUUAAAGCAGGUUCAACGGAAACUCUAUGAAGUUGCUUGAGCGCAAAUUCAACAUUACUAAGAUCUAGAAGAGAUUUUUUUGAUCAUUUAUCUCAUUUAUCGAAAAAAAUUUGUUUUUUUCUUCCUAAAGAGUACUGAAAAAAAUUCCUAGUUUUUGGAAAAAAAUUGAGUGAAUAUUGAUUCGAUUCUCAGGAUUUCUCAAUUUGGCAGUUUAGCGGGAUCCAAACUCUGGAAAAAAAUGGAGCUUUUUUCCUAUCUGCACAAGAAAAUGGCAGUGAGAGUGGGAGUCCAAGUGAGAACUUUGCCGAAGACGGUCAUCGACAGCAACGCCCCGAUAGCAGAGAUAGAUGAUUGCUACGUGUUCGCAACCGUCGAGAUCCUCGGGACCGUCGAGGUUCAUUUUUUUUCUCAUUGGGCUCUUCAGUUAAGAUCGAAUGAGAAAACUUAAAACUGAAAAAUCCCAUUUUUAAUUUUCAGCCUAGUUCAUCGCAAAGUUAAAAUGAUCCUAUCGUCGAUUGCCAAUACUUGACGUUUUCUUUUAAUUCUUUCUUCUCUAAUUAGCUAUAUCAGCUACAAAGUUUUAGAAAAAUCGACUUUAUUUAUAGAGUUUCUACAGCCAAAAAAAUGGGACAAAUAUUGUGAAAAACACUUAAUUUUAUCAGUUUUGUAAAUUAUUUCUUUGAGUUGUGUUAGGGAAGCUUCAAGAAAGAGAAAAGGAAAAAGAAAUGAAAUUAAACUUGAAAAAAAGGCUGAAAAACCAAAGAUAUUUUUUUUGGCAAUCAUUCAAUUUGACAGUUUUGGUUUUUCGCUUCACAGUGUUGUUUUUAUAACUUUUUUUGGUGAAAUCUGAUUUUAUUAAAAACAUUUUUUUGCAGUAUAUACAAAAAGAAACGCAAAGUUCAGAAGAAUGUGAGUUUCACAAACGUCAGAAAAAUAAUACUAAAAAUAUAUUUCAUAAUAGAAAAAUGACAAAAUAUCAUCUUUUUUCAAUUUUGAAAAUGACAAUUUUGGAACAAUGAGCAAAAAGUUUUCAUUCCAAAUUUCAAGUUCAAAAUAAAAUAUCUUACUCUUUUCUCAAGUUUUCGGAAUUUUUGAAUUGUUCCAAUAUUUGUUUCACUAUUAUUUUCGAAACUCUGUUAAAUUUGUUAAUGAUGCUGAAGUUGGUUCUCUAAUAGGCCAUUCUGACUUUUAUCUGUCAUUCACCUUCGUCAGCCAGAAUUAUCAAAGAAUCACGUCUCAGACUCGCCAGGAGGAUCAGCUUCAAGACAACACGUCUCCGAAAAGUACAGCGGACCAAGGAACGCCGUCUCACAUUGGAGAAAACGUUGGCGCUCAAACUACCGAGAUGUGCGUUUGGAAAGAGUCAGAAAAAUUUCCUUGUAAAGUGGACGAUUUGAUGAAAAAAAGCAGAAGUCAAUCGGAUUUGAUUCCUGUCUCGAUAAAGCUCUCGUUACCUAUCUGAAUAGUUAUUAAGCGUUUUUAAUAUCGCAAAGAUGUGACCAGUCGAUAACGACUUUUGAAUCUUUUCGAACUGACUUUUUUUCAAAGUUUUCUCAUCUCUCUUUUCAUUUCAUUUCAGCAUACGCCCGCUUGCCGUUUAUGGUGUCCCGGGCGGAUGGUUUCCAGGGCGCGAAGCGCAUGAAAGACAUGGUCAUUCUUCUCACCGCAAAGACGAGGUCAUUGUUGCUGGGUUUUUGUAAGCCUAAUAUCUGAAACUGAACGUUGAACUACCCGCGAAAUUGAUGAUUAUCUGAAACUAUUAAUUUAGCGAAGAAUUCGGAAAAUUAUUACGUUUAUAGAAUCAAUCCUCCCCGACUUAAAGGGCGAGAUGGGUAGAUUGGAAAAGGUGGAGCUUUGUGUACCCGAUGCGGCUGUUUGGCGGGAAGCUUUACAUAACUAUGAAACUAUGAAAUUUUUGAAAAACUGUCGAAAAAGGAGAAAAAAACGUUGGCUCGCUUCUGACCUCGAGCUCACCGUCGAGAGUUGCGUCGCCAAUCUUGCCAUCCCAGCCGGGAAAAGUUCUCUGUAAUUUUUAUUACACUUUUGUAAGCAAUCAAGCGAAAUCGCAAAAGAAGAUGGAUGAGUUUUUCUACUGUACUCCCUUCAUUCGAGCUAUCUUGCAGGUGGCUCCGAGUAAAGAAUACUCUCCGCUAGAUGAGUUCAUGAAAACAAUGAAUGAUUCGUUGUUUCGCGAGAUGUUCGCCUACGUUUAUCCUGAGCUUUACCCUCAGUUGGGCGAGAUCGACCGAAAAGUAGGUUUUUUUCGUUGGCGAUCAAAAACUUCAAGUGCUAGAAAAAUACGAUUUUCUUUUCACUCAAAUUAAUUCUUCUUGAGAAAAUGAUGAUACGAAUAAUUUUAAUGGAAAUAAAAAAACCGCAAGAGAAAAAAAUUAAAACUGUGAUAUUUUUUUGAAAUUGAAGUCCAUGUCUUUGACCAACUUAAAAAGAAAAAAAGUUCAGGUAUCUAAAUUAACAAAUAAUUCCGUUCGGGCUCGAAAAAAAAGGUUAAAAAUUUCUCGUAAAAAAGUUUUUCGGGAUCGUUUUUUUCCUGCCGCUAAAAGAUUCAGAAUUGGAGUUUGAAAAUGAAGAAGGCUUUGGGUUUCAAACUAUUUUUUUCAAAAAAAUUAUUUUGCAUAGCAAAAAAACUUUUUUUCAAAUUUCACAUUCUGUUGAAUUUUCAUAUGGCCAACUCAAAAGUUGUCGUUUUCGGAGUGGCAGAAUCUACCAAAAAGUCGAUAGAAAGUUGAUAUGGCAUGUCUCAAAAAUUAUCAAAAAGUAUUAGCGAAAUCAAACUGGUUUACGGUUUUUUUCAGCUCAGUAAAAAAAUUCGAGUUUCAGCGAGCUUUUCAUUUUGUAUAACAAUUAUCUUUUGUGACAUCAUUUUUCUUUUUACCAGAAAAUUAAAAUUAUUUCCCUUUAUUAGAAACAUUUUUUUCAGUGUGACCCAUUAGUUCUAACCUCACCACUUUUUUGUUAUUUUUUUUAAGAGAGCCGAACGACAAAAAGGAGAGAGAUCACCGAGCGUCUUAUGAGUGGGCUGAAGAUCGAGGUUCCAGCGUAAGUGUAGAUUGUAGAUGGGGUCCCCAUUGGAAAUUGAAAAGGAAUGUCCUCUUUGCGGUUGGAAACUUCCUGUAAUUUUUUUCAGAAGAAACCCCAAAAAUCUGGCGGUUUUGGGGCUUCAAACCCUUACCUCUCAAAAAUCAAAAAGUUACAGAUUGAAACUUUCAAAUUUUUUUCCGAUUUGAAAAAUUAAAAGACAUUAUUAUAGACUUUCGGAGCCGGACCCGACAGGAGCAGAUCAGGAUAUGCUCCUCGUGAAACCUUGAACCAUCAUGUGGCUCACGGAGCGGUUUCUCAUCAACAGGUUCGUUCUGAAGAUGUCAAAAAGGUUGGCUUUCUUAUGGUUCGAAGGGUUUUACUAUUAAGAUUAUAAAAAAAUUCUUACAGAACUAUUUGGACUGUCCCGAGAGGAGCCGGUCUGGAUAUGCUCCUCGGGUCGAUGAGCGAGGCUUUGGCCCAGAUCCCUGCAAGCCGCCAAUGACGGAAAGAACUGGUUUCUACAUGGACACCUCGAACCGCCAUGAGGCUCACGGAGCGGUCGCUCAUCAACAGGUUCGUUCUGAAGAUGUCAAAAAAGUUUGUUAUUCACUAAUUUGAAGGAUUUUACUAUAAAAAAUCGUUACAGAACUAUUUGGACGGUCCCGACAGGAGCCGGUAUGGAUAUGCGCCUCGGGACGAUGAGCGAGGCUUUGGCUCAGAUCCCUACGUGGAGAUGAAGAUGGAAAGACCUGGUUUCUACAAAGAGACCUCAAACCGCUAUGUGGCUCACGGAGCGGUCGCUCAUCAACAGGUUCGUUCUGAAGAUGUCAAAAAAGUUUGUUUUUACUUGUUUGAAAGGUUUUACUGUAAAGAUUGUAAAUAAUCAUUACAGAACUAUUUGGACCGUCCCGAGAGAAGCCGGUCUGGAUAUGCUCCUCGAGUCGACGAGCGAGACUUUGCCUCAGAUCCCUGCAAGCCGUCAAACAGGAUGGAAGGAGCUGGUUUCUACAAAGACACCUCGAGCUACCAUGUGCCUCACGGAGCUGACGUUCGUCAACAGGUUCGUUCUGAAGAUGUCAAAAAAGUUUGUUAUUUACUAAUUUGAAGGAUUUUACUAUAGAAAAUCGUUACAGAACUAUUUGGACGGUCCCGACAGGAGCCGGUAUGGAUAUGCGCCUCGGGACGAUGAGCGAGGUUUCGGUCCAGAUCCCUGCAAGCCGCCCAUCAGAAUGGAAGGAGCUGGUUUCUACAAAGACACCUCGUACCACCAUAUGGCUCACGGAGCCGCCCUUCAUCAACAGAUACGUUCUGAAGAUGUCAAAAAAGUUUGUUUUUUACUUGUUUGAAAGGUUUUACUGUAAAGAUUGUAAAUAAUCAUUACAGAACUAUUUGGACCGUCCCGAGAGGAGCCGGUAUGAAUAUGCUCCUCGGGUCGAUGAGCGAGGCUUUGGCUCAGAUCCCUACAAGGAGAUGAAGAUAGAAAGACCUGGUUUCUACAAAGACACCUUGAACCAUCAUGAUGAUCAUGGCGCUGUUGAUCUACAGGUUCGUUCUGAAUAUGAGACAACUUGUUCAUUCUUUUCGAUCUCUGUCAAAUAUAUUCCAAUGAGAGAUCUCUUUAUUCUUGCAACAUUUUUUAGGAAGCCGACAACGGCGAUUAUCAGGAAAAUGAAGCGGCUGAUGAAAAAAAGGUAUAGCUGAUUCUUUAGCCCAGAUUAGAAAAAUGUUUUAAUUUCAAGAAUCGUGGUAACACAGCCAAUGCAGACAACAUCGAAUACGAUGCCUCUGGUGACUUUGCCGAUUUCGAAACCUUGAAUGUAAGUGUUAGAAAAAGCUUUCUUAGAGUAUGAAAGCAACCCAUUUUCUUCUUCCUGUGCAUUUCUUUUCCUACUAGUGAAAUAUUAAAAAAGAAAGCUAUUUCGAGCUAUUGUAUGGUUCAUAUGGGAAUAAGUUUCCCUUGCAAAGUGAUGUCUGAAGUUUGAAAAAAAAAACCUUUUUUUUUGAGGACUGCGAUAGCAGAGCCAAGGAAGAGAACUCGAAAAACGAAGCUUCUGAAGAUUUGACCAAAAUCGGAAGCUUGAACGUGAGUAAUCAGAACUAAUUGCUUUUUAAGUAUGCAAGUAAAAACAGAAAGUACCGUCAGAAAAAAAUACGAAAAAAACGGGGUUUCGGUCACAUAUUUAUUGUAAGAAAUUCAAUCUUCCUGAAACUUUCCGAAGUUACUGUUAUUUUAAAUAUACGUAUAGUUUCAGUUCACAGAAAAAAACCGCAGCUUCAGGAAAUUUGAGGAAAAUUGAUUUCUUUACAAGAAGGUUGUGACCGAAACGCCGUUUUUCGUAUCUUUUCUGACGACGCUGCAUUUUUUUCAAGAAAGAAAAUAGUAAUUCAAGCCCCAUUUCAGUUGAUUUGAAAGUAAGUGUCCAUUGCAAAGCGAAUCUUUCCGAGUUUUUGACUGAUUCUUUUUUCGGAAACUUCACUUUUUGGGAUCUUUAUGGGAUGUAACAAAAUAUGUCACUUGAGUAACAAGGGCGUAAAAAGAGAAAAAAAAACGCAACUUCAGAUUUAUGGUUAUUCUAUCGAUUUUUCUUAGCACAAUUGAGUUUCAAGAAGUUUAGCAAAGAUCCUUUUUCAGUUGGACGACAAGAAGUCAUCGGCGGAGUCGUCCUUGGAGCCAGAGAAGCUCGAGACGAAGACCAAGGAAACUCAGCUCAAAGGUCUGCAUUUAUUGCGUUUUUCCUGAAAAUGUUGAAACUCGAAAAAAAUACGUUUUGAGACUGCUUUUCAGCAUCUUUUUAAGAAUCAAAGAUGUUAGCAUGAAAAAAGCGUUGAACCAAUUACAACGCUUCUAUACUUUUCGCUUUGAGGAGCUAUUAUAGCCAAUAAAAUCAACACCCAAACCUAAAUGAAAAUAUUCUUUUUGACUUUACUCUCUGGAGUAGAAAUAAAUAUUGGGAAGGUUGUCUUUCAGACGCUCCGAUAUCUCGUUCAAGCUCUGAAUCGAGCUACUUUUCAUCGAGCCGUGGCAACGAGGAUUUCGCAAUUUCGUCGGAAUCGGAAUAG